AAAAAAGUAGCCGUUGCCGUCCAAGAAACAUCAAAGCUCUAUAAAGAGAUGAAUCCGAAGCAAAAAACCCAUGAAAUCUUCUCUAACAAAGACUCUCCAAAAUCCUCUGUAAAUGGGUUGCUGAAAAUCCCAUAAUAUCCAUUCAAAUAUUUGUUUUUUUAACUUUUUCGAUUCUGGGUUGUAUUUUUUUUAUGUUUUACAAGAAAUCCCAGUUUUUGUUUGUUCAAAUCCAUACGAAAUUCUUCACAAAAUUCAAUCUUUUUGCGAAUUUGUUGUAAAUUUCAGAAGUUUUAGUUUCAAUUGGGACUCUGUUUUUUUUUUUUUUUUCUGUGUAACUGUAGCUUGUUGAUCUUGUGUAUUUGAUAGAGUUUUGAAUUUUUCAGGUUCAGAUCUUUGUGAAUUGCAGCAAUGGAGGGAGUUUUGAUUCCAUUUUCUGCUGAGAGAUCUCGCAGUUUAAAAUCCCGAAAUUUCUUUCCGGCCACCGUCCACGACGGUCUUCUCAACGUCCCUCCGCCGGCCGUCCCAAAUUAUAGUCACCGCCUCCGCCAGCAACCGCCUCUCCUCCCUCUGCCCCGCCGUCCGUUUCCCCCUACGGCAGUCGGGGCCCCGCCGUCGUGCCGCCCAAAGGGUACGAAAUCCAGAGAUCAGUCUCUUACCCCAAAAAAAUCAAAACCAAUUAAACGAAGUAGAGGGCCUCCGGCGUUGAAAUCGACGGCGGAGUUUAUGAUCGUUGAUUCCACGAAUCGACUGGGGCCGGAGCCGAGCCACGUACCUAAAGAUUUAUGGAGAGUUUUAGGAUUACGGUCGUCGGCGCCGCCGAGAGAAGGUGGCCGGCGUUUUGAGACAGAAUUUUCGGGGUCAGCGUUCGGCGUUUCGCCGCCGCCAAGUAGCGUUCCGCUUCCGAAAUUCACUCUCAGGCGGGAGAUGAGUUGUAAUGUGGAGGCCGCCGGAGUGGAUGCCGGAGCAACCGACAACCUCAGGCGAUUAUUGCGCCUCCGAUGAAGAAUUGUAGUAUAAUUAGUGGUUUAGUUGAACUUUCCGGCUAAUUUUUGUUCCUGUUUUUGUAAGGGUUUGAUGACCUCCUUGGUUUUUAUGAAAAUGGAGGUGCACAGACCAAAUCCUGAAAUCUCCGCCUGCAUUUUUUGGUCUAAGGAGAUUGCUUUAUGUUUAUUAUAGCAAUUAGGGUUUGUGUAAGUCCAAUAAAGAAGGUAGUACAUUAGUUUGUUUAUGUUUA